AAGCCCGGCGGAGCCACUUCAACGCGUCGGAGGGGCAGGUUCCUGCCAGGACGGCCGGCAAGCCCUCGGCACACCUCAUCCUCCGCCCGCAGAGCCUGGCCCAGGACGGAAACUCCCGGCGCUUCGGGAACCUCUCCCAGUCGUGCCGCCACGCCAUCGCCCGCUGGGAGGACAGCACCAUCCCCUCCCACCUGCCAAGGCUGCGCGUCAACCAGGCGGGCAAGUACUACGUCUACUCCCAGAUCUACUUCCGCUACCCCAGCGACGGGGCCGGCGCCCGCGUCUCCGUCCCGCAGCUCGUCCAGUGCAUCAACUGGAAGACCUCCUACAGCCAACCCAUCCUCCUGCUCAAGGGGGUGGGCACCAAGUGCUGGGCUCCCGGGGCGGACUACGGGCUCCACGCGCUCUACCAGGGGGGACUGUUUGAGCUGAAGGCCGGCGACGAGCUCUUCGUCUCCGUCUCCUCCUUGGCCAUCGACUACAACGACGCAGCAGCCA